GAUUACUGAGACAUGGUGCACUCCUCAGAUUUGCGAUAAAGAUAUUUCUAUUGAUAACUAUUAUGUAUUCAGAGGCGACAGAAACUAUGGUAGAGGAGGAGGAUGUGCUAUGUAUAUCAGGUCUGAUAUUAAGGCCACACAGUGCUUCUACCCAGAGCUCAUCACAGAUAACGAUUCAGUGUGGGCUAUUCUAAGACUGUCUCACUCCAGUUCCUAUCUUAUAGGUUGCAUCUAUCACCCCCCGUGCUCAACCGUUGAAGGUAAUAUGAAGCUUGCUAGCACGUUCGCUUACGCCACUUCACUACCUCACACGGCUAAAAUUAUAUGUGGGGACUUUAAUAUGCCCGAUGUAGUCUGGCAACCACUUUCCUCACCAAAACGGUACAAUGAAUUUAUCAACAUAAUAGAAACAAAAGAAUGGCAACAACACGUACAGUAUCCUACCAGGCUAUCUAAGAUUUUAGAUCUAGUUUUCACUAAUGGUAUCAUCCCCACUACCCUUCGAGUAGGUAAAGAGUUUCCUGGCAGCGACCACAGAGUAGUAUUCGGUACAUUUAAUAUUUGCACUAGCAUGAGUUCGACAAUAAACGCCAACAAAGUAUUACUCAGGGGUUACAGACAUGCUCAGUGGGAUGAACUGAAACCAUACAUACGCACCCUAGACUGGGAGCCAUACUUUACGUGCAGCUCGGCUAUAGAGACAAACAAAUUACUCUAUGAGAACCUAGGAUUUGCACAUGACUUCAUCGCUCCAGUAAGACUUGUGAAAACGAGGCCUAAACAGCCCGACUUCAUCCCCGUAAAGAUUCGAAACCGACUGCGUAAGCAUGCUAGGCAAUUCUACAGAUAUAAUGACUUUUCAUCACUCAUUACACUCAAGCAAACUUAUGAUUCAUACAAAUCUAAUCAGUUAUCUGAGUCCAUCAAACUAGAACGCAUCCUCCACUCACGACCUGAUAAUACAGAGGCAUUAGUUAAACUAAUUAAGUCACGAAUCAACAACAACAGAAUAAGUAUCCCUAACUUAUUACUAGAUGGAGAAAAACUACACGAAGACCCGCAGGAGAUAUGUGAGUUAUUCAGCUCCCACUUUUCUAGCUACUAUACUAUCGAAGAAACAGUAGAUAGUCUUGAAGUUCCGACAAUACCAAAUCACUUUUUGGGUAAUAUAACAUUCACCCAACAAAAGAUUUCCUCCGCUAUAGCAUCCCUCCGGACAUCAUAUAACGCUGGGCCCGAUGGAAUUCCAUCUAUCUUGUUGAAAAGAGGUGGUGAGGAUAUACCCAUUAUCCUACUAAAGUUUUUCAUUCUGUCCUUAAAUAAUGGCAGUUACCCAGAAUGCUGGAAACUGUCGUUUAUAACCCCUAGGCACAAACAAGGACCAACUUCUAACAUCGAAAACUACCGACCGAUUAAUAUCACGUCAGUAGUUUCCAGGGUUAUGGAAAAGGUUAUAGGGCAAGAUAUUGCUUCAUACCUCCACCUUCACAAAGUGUUUACUCCAGCACAACACGGCUUCUUGAAAAAUCGAUCAUGCUCCACCUGCCUACUUGACUACUUUGAUGAUGUUACCGCUAAGCGUGAUCAUGGUUUGUAUGUCACAACUCUCUUCUUUGACUUCAAAAAAGCCUUUGAUAAAGUCCCACACAAGAGACUAAUCCUUAAGCUAAAGUCGUACGGGUUCCAAGACCCCUUGUUAUCCUGGCUCAUUUCUUUCUUGGAAGAUCGUUCCCAAGUUGUGAAAUUUGCAAAUAAUUACUCGUCACCCAGACCUAUAAGAAGUGGAGUGAUUCAGGGUAGUGUACUAGGUCCACUGCUUUUCGUAAUCUACAUUAACGACAUCUGCAGCGUAAUCAAGCAUGGUACCCCAUACCUCUUUGCUGACGACUUAAAGAUUGUAUACAGCUUCCCCCAUUCUACACUAAACGAAGGAUUCACACAUAUUCAAGAUGAUCUGGAUAGGUUACAUAACUGGAGCAAUGACUGGCAACUGCCAUUCAAUUCUGAUAAAUGUGGUGUCCUAUAUUUCAAUAACUCCCAUCCGAAUUUCAGGUUACACCUAGGUAACUCUUUUCUCCAAACCCUCAGUUCCAUAAAAGACCUGGGAGUUACCUACUCACAAAACUUAACAUUCAGUCAGUACGCAAAAGCACUUGUUUCUAAAUGCCGAAGACUCACAGGCUUGUUGCAUCGAAAAAUGUACACAAAUGAGGCUAAAGUCCUUUUAUACAAAGUCAUGGUUCGUCCAGUACUUGAAUACUGCACAAUUGUCUUCGGUUUCAUGCAUGGGUAUGACAGGGUUCGUAUUGAAAAUAUUCAGCGAAGUUUUACUCGACGCCUAUUAUACAAACAUGAAGGACUGACUUACGCUGAUAGGUGCAAAAUGUAUGGACUUCAGCCACUUUGGUUAAGGCGCCUGAAACUCAACCUUACAUUCCUCUUUCGCCUUUUACACGGCUACACCAAAAGCAGUAAUCCAAUAGCUUUCAAUAAUUUACCCAUAUAUACUCUUAGGAAUCAUGAAAAUACUCUAUCCAUAAGCCGGUUCCGGACAAAACUGCGAUCACGUUUCUUUAAAAUACAGUACAGUGCAUUAUGGAACGAACUUCCACUUACUGUACGUAGUUGCCGAUCUCCUACUGAAUUCCAGCGUCUACUUAACGAGUUCCUAUCAACAAAAGAGCUUCGGUCUACUUAUCCAUACUUUAUCCAUAUGGGCCGCUCAACUAGCUUUAGUACUACAGACCCCAGUGCAAUACCCCCAAUUUGAGGAAACUCAUUUGCCCCGGCAACCGUACCUCAUCUAUAACGUGAUAAAACCAACCUAAUCUCUCCCACAUGCCUUUACCUAAGGUCCGGUUAUUCAGCUUACUAGAGAUCCUAUCGAUAUUUCUUCAAUCGGGUUUAUAAACUCAUUAGACUCUCCUGGAUGUAUAAUCCCAAAUUAGUUGUGAUAGUUCUCCCAUAAUAUAAGCAAACUGGUACUUUGUAAUGUCUAAAGCAUGCCAUAUGAAAAGUGGCCAGGAAUACCUAGCAAUAACAAACUCAACCAACCAACCAUUUUCCCCAAGUUCAUUCAACCUACCCUUAUCCCUAAUCGUACCACUACUCACUACACUCUACUCAGUAGAAUAUGACUUAAUUUGCUCCGGUGCUCAAAACUCUUCUACCCUUUACUUUUUAAAAAAGACGUUUUAACUACUAACUGCACAGUAGCCAUUUAACUAACUCACUGGUUUCCUCUUCACUGUAAUCUUCAAUAAGUUCGUCAGUAUAAUUAUUUCCGAAAACCAUUACAUUAGCAACCAUAUCUUUUAAUAUUUUACGAAUAUACUUAUAUUAUUAGCAUAAUACACUGCACUAUUUUUGAGUUGAAUUGAUUAUCUUCAGUCAACAGUUACCCAUUCUCAUAUAAUUUUCUAAAAUUCAUAAUGUUAAAGCUAUGUAGUAUUUCUGUUAAUAUCUUUUAUAAUAUGUUUAGACACGUUACUUUGCAAUGUCAGAUGUCUACUAUAUACAAGACUGUCAUGAUAAUUUAGUACACUAAGUCCUGCCAACCGACCUUACCUUCAGUUCAUACUACCUACAUUGAUCCCUAACUAUAUUGUUCUGCUGAAUCUUGCUUAACUAUUCACAAAACCUAUUCUUUUUAUUCUUUAAGGUUUUAACUUCUUGUAAAGUAAUCCGUUCAUUAGGACGCAUGCAUACAUAUAUAAUGUUCAUAAAGAUGUAUGUGGAGACCUAUUGGAAGCACUCAUUAAGAAAGCUAGGGAGAUGGAAUAUGGGGUACGAACAUGUCUGGUACCAAGCAGUAUAUUUGCGGUAGCCAUAAUAAUCAUAUUCUCAGAGCUUAACAUCAAAAAAGGAGGGAGGGUGGCGUUAGCUGAUCAGUAGAUAUGGUGGGGGUCACUAAGGUGAAUCGCCCCAUUCUGCAGGAACAGCAAUAUACAAAUUAAAGGCUCGAGAUAUUUCUGAUUUUUAUGAGGGCUUAGAUCUUUAUCUUGAAAAAGAUAAUAAUGAACGCCUUGACAGAUCAUGCUUCUACCUUUAAAUAUAUACCAUUCGCUCAGCCUAUUGUUGAGAUGCGACCAUGUGGGAUCUGCACAGAUUUAUGGGGCAUCUUAUAAAUCAACUUGCUGUCCAUUGUCGGAUCUUUAAAUACCACUUCACAAUGUCUUAUCUCAUUCAUUUUCUAAUAACGUCUUUACUUAAUCCUCAUUGUAUCCCAUUAAACCUAACAUUUUAUAGCUCUUUAUGAAUUUGAUUCGACUUAUUCUAUUCCUAUUCUCUGUGAGGUACGGUUGUGCACCAAAUGCACAAAAAAGCAUAAAAUAAAAAAACAGACAUAAGGAAAAAAUGUAUUAAAACCAAAAGUGGACAUCAUGAUACUACCAGAUAUACGCGUAGCAUUAUACAUUGCAAAUGAA